UACUGCACAGACCAAGCAAAACCCAGACUUGGGUAGCCUGAAGCUACAAAAUACAAAGUGUUAACCUGUUGUAUGCAUUUCUUUCCAUACAAGUGUGCACAACCACAACAGCUGUAGAAUUCUGUGCUAUUUGGUCCGGCCUUGACCCCCAAAGACCAUUCCACCACCCCUUCAGUACUGCAUUGACCAUAUACGAUGAACGAGAGUCCCAAAACUUUAUAAAAGGGGCGUGUGAGUCUAUAGUGCAAUGUGCAUUGUGCCUAAUUCAUAUUACUGAAUCCAAAUGCUGCUGAGGUUGGGUUUUUUUAGGGCAUGUCAUUGGUUGAAAUGUUAAGUUAUAUCAUGGACUGAGGUACGGAGCCAAAUUGAUGUUCACAAUAUUGGAUGAUAAUGAGGACCAAAACCUUGAAAUUAACGAUACCAGUUAACGAUAACGAGUUAGGCAACAGAAACUCCAACUUUGGCUUCAAGAAAUUGCGAUCAUUUGAAAGAAAUUCUGGAAAAAGAUGUCUGAACCUGUCCGAGUCAUCAUGUGGUCCGUUCCGCGCUCACGGUCCUCCAUUGUUGCAAAGUGCAUGGACGGCGUGCCAGACUCCCAGAUCUUCUUCCAGGUCUACUCAUCAGCAUUCUGGACCGGUCUGGGAGAGUUUAACUCUUCCGAUUCAAGUCUCCAAUCAGAGGGAUUUUACAGGGUUCAAGAUGAAAUCACUAAUGCUGGAGCACAAUCAAAAAGCUUCAGCAAAGGAGAGGCCAAGGCAGAUUAUCAAUGGGUGAAGAGACAACUAGAAGCUAAUUACCCAGGCAAGAGGUUCCUCUUUGCCAAGGAGAUGGCUUACUGCAUCAACGGAAAAUUUGAGUACCUCCCCAAGGGCUAUCGACACAUCUUCUUGAUUCGGGAGCCAGUGAAGGUGUUCCAGUCCCUGAAGAAGACCGUUCCGGAGAUAGUGGCUGUACAGGGGCAGCAGAUACCAGGGAUGGAAGGGGGAGACUUCGAGUUAGACAAGCAGCCACCUCAUUUAAUCGCACCAGAAUAUGGAUUCAAGGAACUAGUCAACUUGUACGAAUACCUUCAAGAGGCAAAUAUGGAGCCGGAUCCAAUCGUUGUUGAUUCUGAUGAUCUUGUGAAUGACCCAGCAAGAAUCCUAUCAGCAGUUUUGGAGAGGCUUGGGGUACAAUUCCAAGAUUCUAUUCUGAACUGGGAAAAGGGGAUGGAUGUCAUGGAAGAAUGGGUUGUGAGUCGGGGUGUCAAGAACAGGAUUACCAAAGCUUCCAGCUUCAAGAGUUUCCGCGACAGCACCGGAUUUCUACAGGAGACGGCAGUGCCUGGUACUACACACAGUACCAGUGCCAAUCUCACUGCAGACGUACAGCACUGUGUAGAGUUCUCCAUGCCAUAUUUCAUGAAACUGUACGAAAAACGUUUGAAGGUUUAAAAAGCUUUGACCUGUACUGGUGACACAAAACCUUUGACACAGCAUUGAAUAAUGAAGAAUUUCUUUUAACUAAUAAAGGAAAAGUUAAACAACGAAAGUAACAUUAUUAAGUAACACGAAGUGUACGGUACCUCCAUUAUUGGAGGCUAAAAAUGUUUUAUACAUGAUGUUUUUCUAAAUAUCCAUAUUUUUUUAGGUCAUCAAUGAUGAUUAAAUUUCUCCACUUUUGUUUUCCAUGAUUGUUAUUUUUAUUAUUAUAUAGACAUAUGCCAGAAUUUGUCAACUUUAAGACAAUUGA